AUGGGUUGUUUAAUAUUAAAAUUUAGAAUUAUACAUUAAAAUUUAAUUCUAAGAAUAAUAAGAUUCUCAAAUUAAUAACUCUUUAAAAAACUCUACCUUAAAGUGCAACUUUAUAGAUAAAAUAAAUUAUCAGAAAUAAUUUGGGAAAGUAAAUAUUUAAUCUUGUAAAAAAAAAAAAAAAAUUAUCUGACUUUUGAUAAUAAUAUUUAAAUCAAUUAGAUUUAGAAUAUGAUCAAAUUUAAAAUUAAAAUAAAAAAAAAAAAAAAACAAAUAAAGAAAUAUAUUGGGAAGCAAUAAAUCAAGUAUAAAGCUAAAUAAUUAGAAAAUUACAUCAUUGAAGUGAUAAAUAUAGCCACAAAUAAAGUCUAUAGUUAGGUAAUAAUGAAGUGGCCUUUCACGUUAGGAUCUGGAUCUUUAUUUUCAUUGUAAUUCAGCGUGGGAGCUUCUUUUUUCUCAAGUUCCAUUUUUAACUUCUCAAUAUUUAUUUUUUUUUGCACAAAUAAUAAUCUUGUGUUAAUAUUAAGUAUUACUUAUUUUUAUUACCAUUUAAAAAGUGUUUUCUCAAAAAAUUAAUACCAAAAACUUUAAAAAUUGAAUCCUUCACCAUAGCCUUUUAAUUAAAUAACAUAAAAACUUUCUCUAAUCAGGAUAAAGUAAAUUUGA